AGUGUUGAUCCAGGAAACCUGGACAAAUUGACGACAUGGCAUUGAUCCUGUCAAGCAGUUUGAUGGCAGAACCAAUCCAAAUCGUAGGGGUUAAGUGGGCAAUCACACUGGGCAGGUCAGAUAAAGUGUUUCCACUGGAGCAUCGGAUUCGAUGGCCCGUUGAGCGCCAGCGUCAGCUGUUCCUAUCGAUAUCCGAUUGGCCCGAUUGUAGGAACAAAAAAGAAAAGUAAAAGAUUGAAAUAAUUAGUAUAAACUAACCGUAGUAUAUCUGAGCAAAUCAGUUAUUAAUGACGAACUAGCCGUAUUUGAUGUCUGCCCUAGCGCCGCCAAUUCCCUCUAUGAAGAACGCGCUCCACGCAGACAACUGCAAUGGGACUGGAACCGAGGAGGAGGCGUCGUCCGCGUUCCACGCGGAGAUUGACCGCGUUCUGCUAAACAACAAUGGCAAUCACGGUGGCAGCAGCAACGAAGGCGGCGGUGGGAGUGGCAGCGGUAGCGGUAGCGCCAGCGGAAGCGGCAGUACCGCCGGGUCGGGAGCCAGUGAGUACAUGUGGUCGCCUGGAGGAGGUAAGACGCACGAGGUUGCGCAGGCGUUCGCCAACACACUGCUGCUGCGUAACAUGAACCAUGAUGUGGGCAAAGGGCAGGCAGGCGCCCCUAGCCAUCGGAAGGUUUACAAGUGCAAAGCCGACCCGGUCAACCCAUCGGCCAAUGGCGAAGAUCUGCGUCUGUCCAAGAUCAUCCGCAGGCUAAUCAGCGAGUCCAAUCCCGCCGUGGCGCUGGAGCUGUGCGGAAAACUGGAUCAAGCCGUUCGCACGCCCAUUAACAUGGGCUACAUGUCGUGCUCCUUCGUGUGGAUCCUGGAGAACAUGCUCACCCUAUACAAGCAAUGCCCGCCUCCGGUUCUGGACGAGUGCAGCAAGACCCUCGGCUUAAUUGGCUACAUCAACCGCAAGUCGUAUCCCAUUUACGAGGAGUUUAUCGUGAAAAACUACAAGAGUAGCAAGCGCAUGCAGAAGUACCUGAUCGUGGCCCUGCGCACCACAAUGAGCUGCGACACCAAGUGCGAGCUGCACGUGUACGCCGACAAAAUCAUGCUGCUGUUGAAGGACUUUCUGGAGAAUGCGCAGAGCGCCGACAAUUUCAUUGCCGUCAGCAACACGCUGGUGCAGUUCUCAGCCAGCUACGGGGAGGCCUUCGAGUGCCACUUCACCGACGUAGUGGACAUCGUUAUCGGGUGGCAACUGGAGGCUGGCCAGCCCACGCACGUGAAGGCCCACUGUGCCCAGAUACUGGAGCAUUUGACGCCAUACUUUAGCAAGCAGAUCGAAUUCAGCUACGGUUUGUUGGACCAGUUUGUCGAGGAUAUUACCACGCUGGAGGAAGACGAACCCACGGCCACCGCGGAGCGUGUAGGUGCCUUUGUCGGUGCCUUCAACACGCUUCUGAAGUGCUUAGCCCGCAUGCAGAUAUUCGUGGGCAUGCCCACCUGUGAAUGCAUCGUCCAGAUGGCCCUGGAUCAUCUAAUCAAAAUAAUGCCCCACCUGGAGUUGCACUCGGAUACCGAAGCAUUGGUCAAUAUAAACGAACUGCUCUGCAUCUGCCUGUUGAAUAACUUCAGCGGCCUUGAUCCGACAACCUUGGAGCAACUGCUACUGGAACAGCUCGAACAGAUGCUUUCUCUGAAUGAGCUCCAGCGGCAGAGUGUCCUUUACCUGUUGCUCUGCACGGUGAGGAGGUUGCGGGCACGUCUGACGCCUAGCCUGGUGCACCUAAUAUUCCAAUCCAAUUCCUAUUUGACGGAGGUAAGGCGACAAACGCCAGGUGGCAGUUCCUACACGCUGCUACUGCGCACAUGCCAGGAGACACUGCUCAUCCGGAAUGUGCCCCUGCUACAGCAAGCGUAUAAAUAUCUUGUCGACGACAUUGACGCCUGUCUGGAACAACUGCUCUUCACUUCACCGGCAACGGAGGAGUCCGAAAGGAAAGCCAGCGAGGCGAGUGUGCUCCUCGUUUUCCAUCUGGCCGCUCUGGCUGCCCUUGCUAAGCAAACAUCUUCCAUAAUUGGCAUGUACGCAUGCAAGCCCUCGAUUCUGGAGCUGCUCCUCACCAACUGCAGGGCGCACGAACUUGCGCUCUGGGGCAGGUAUCCCGCCGCCCAGCAGGCCAUUUUUGAUCUGCUCGUUGUCCACUGCCAAGCAAAUCACAACUUCCGCACCAACUCCAGCUUGCUUCGUGAUCAGGAACUGUCGGCGGAGAACACCUCGCCAACGGCAAACAGUUUCGCUAGCAUACUUCGCUUCCUGGAUUCGGUUCUGGACCAGGCGCACCAACUGACACCGCAGAACUUGAGGAUAUUGCUGCAGUGGACACAGAUGCUCCUGAGCGAAUGCCGCGAGAAGGCUAAUCUGCUUAUGGAGCAAAAGAACUUCCGAGGAAUUUGCCGCAACAUCGCGGCCAACGCCUCCAAAUGGACACCCUUGGAAAGUGCUGCCUGCAUCCAAACUGUCCUAGACUACGGCCCGGAAAGGUUAGCACAUCUUCCGGAGCUAGUGAUUCUAUACCGCGAUACGGCGCUACAGCAGCUACAGGUGCUCUCCACGAAUUGUCAUGCAGCCUAUUCCCAAAUCUACGCCCAGUUGCCAUUGCAUCUUACCAUCAGCGGCUGUGAAUCACCAAUGCCGGUAAUGACCAGCAGAAGAGUUAGCGUUUGGCAGCAGAGGAUGAGCCAAUGCAGUGCAGUAGGCGACACCGUGUUCCGAGAUUUCUUUGACCGGCUGCACAAACCAGAGCAAGAUUCGCUGAUCCAUUGUAUGCGGGAGCUGUUUGUUCGUAGCUGCCAGGUGGCUCCGCAGGAUGAGCGGCAGGAGAAGCUGGCGCAAUGCACCAAGCGCUGCCAGCGAUUGGCUACCGCCUGGCUGCAAUUCGAAGCAGCUAGAUACUGUGUGGAUCAGCGACUCCGCACUACGCUGGGAAAGCCUCAAGAAACGUUCCUCGGAUUCGAGGCCAUUAUCAUGCGGCAUGCCAGAUUGCUGAGUGGCUGUGCCAAGGAGAUGGAGCGCUCAGCUCUGGACACCCUGUCGUUGGACGAGCUCCUGACCAUGCAGAGCAAUCUCAGUCUGCUCCUGGGCUUCCUCGAUGCGCUGGAGAAGCUCAUCUAUAACGCCGCCGAGGGAAGCGCCUUUGCCCUGCGACCCCCGGAAAAGCCAGUGGCUGCCUUCUUUCGUCUGAACAACCCCACUUGUCAGUCCUGGUUUAAUCGUAUCCGUAUUGGUGUGGUCAUCAUUGCCAUGCAUGUGCAGCAACCGGAACUGGUUAUUCGAUAUGCGCAGCAAAUUCUGCUCACCCAAAAGACGCCAGAUGCCACCUACAGUCAGGCUAUCGUUUACAUGGCCUGGGCUUUGGUUAGUUGCCAAGAAGCAGACUCGCUGCGAGGUCUGUGCCUGUGGGCACGUUCGAAGAGCAGCAAAUCCUACCAGUGGCUGAUGUACGCGGCGGAUCAGGCGGCCGGAAAGCGGGAAUCGGCACUGGCCGGCUACAAAACUAUCAUGGCCGAGGAGGAGCAUCAGCCCGAACUGGAGCCGCAUACUCGACAGUUUGUUCUGGCGCAAAUGAUGCAGUGCUUGCAGGAUCUGGGUCAGUGGUCUCAGCUGGUGGAGCUGAAGCAGCAGCAGCUGACGCGUCCAGAGGACAGAGAACUGAAUCCCUUUCUGCAACGCAGCAAUGUGGAGGUCAAUGCACUGGAACGGCUCUUGGCCAGGGGAGAGGAGUCGUACUCCUCGGUGGACGACUUUGGCGGAGCCUUGCAGCAGUUGAGUCUUUGGCCCACCAACUGGGAAGAGUCUGUGCCCCCAAGUGCCGUAAUCGAACGUGCAAGCUUCUCAUCCGUCCAUGUGCGCCAACGAACCGAGGAUAUUGUGCUGCACAAGCUAUUAGAAGAACGUUGCCUGCCAGAUCAGGCGAGAAACCUACUGGACACCCAAUGGCGAGACAGCCUGCUGAACCCCAGCAUUGAUCAGCGAUCCUGCAAAGAGCUCACUCUGCUACGACAUAUAGUGCAGGGUGUCAGUGGCGGCCAGGAGUUGUCCCUGCUGCCCUUGUCCUCGGAUAGAUGUCAAUACCGCUCCAAUCAGAUUUCCAGCGCCAUUUUGAUGCGCUGCUUGGCAUGGACGCAUUUGCUGCGUCAGCAUUGUGCACCUGGCAGCUGGGAAACGCUUUGUUUGGACGCAGCAGCAGCGGCGCGGGAGGAAGGCAAUCUUCAGCUAGCGGAAACCCUGCUCACACAGUUCUUCGGUCAGCCGCUGGAUGAGAUAGCCGGCCUGUUUUCACUGGAGCAUGGAGUGAAAACGGAUAAUCCGCAGUUGCUUCGCGGCUACAGUGAGCUGGUCAAGUGCCUAUAUCUCCAGGAGCAGCAGACGCAGACACAGUGCGGCGAUUUAAGUUCUUCGAUUGAUGUAUGCGCCUCCCUAUGCCUAAAUAUUCAGAAGAGCGAUUAUCAAGCGGCCGAGGGCGCGGAUCUCCUGCUUAACCUAUCCGAUUGGAUAGCCGCCCGGACAUGCAAUGGCUUGGCCACCAAUCAAUCGCCUGCAUUGAUUCAACUGCUGGACCAGCUGCCGGAAUGUCCGCUGACCUGCGGCUCCAGCCAACCGCUGGCCAUUCCCCAGGCCGAAGGUUUUGUUGCCCGCCUGGUUCAUUCUACUUUAAAGCAGCGUCCCAACUGCGAGGAAGCACUGAUAGCCUACGGCAACUGGUGCUAUCGAUGGGGCAAGAAAAUCGUGGACAGCGGCUGUGUGCUCACCCAGGCGGAUGCGACUGUUAUCAGCCAGGCGCUGGACAUUGCCCAGCCGCUUGAAAACGAACAGUUGGGUGAACUCAUCCAGGCACUGAGCAUGGAACAGCCGCCAGCGAACUGUGUAGAGGUGUGUCCGGAGGCGGCCCGUGCUCGCGACGAUGAGGCGGCCAAGAAUUGUCUGCGUCGGCUGACCUUUUUGGCGGAUAAAUCGCCAGAAGUGCUGGAUGCCAUUUUGCAGAUCUGGCGACGGGCCAUAGCCAAUACAUAUGAUUACUACAAGGAUGCAGCGCGCUCGUACUUCCAAUAUCUCAGUUUGAAAUCGGGCUCGGGUCCGGUCAACCCUGGGGGAGAACGAUUCGUAUCGCAGCGGGAACGUUUCCAUGUGGAUGACAGCAAUCUGGUGACCACGACGCUGCGUCUCCUUCGCUUGAUUGUAAAGCACGCCAGCGGGCUGCAGGAUGUUCUGGAGCAAGGACUGAACACCACGCCCAUUGCGCCCUGGAAAGUGAUCAUCCCACAGCUCUUCAGCCGACUGAAUCACCACGAACCUUAUGUGAGGAAGAGCGUCUGUGAUCUGCUGUGUCGUCUGGCCGAGAGCCGCCCCCAGCUGGUUAUCUUCCCGGCAGUCGUUGGUGCCAACAGGGAGCAACAGGAUGCAGCAUCACCGCCAGCUACAGCGGACCCAACCACGGAGGACGCCUGCUGCUAUGGCUAUCUGUUGGGUGAGCUCUCGAAACAGGCGCCGGGGGCAGUGCAGCAUGUGCAGCUGAUGGUGAAGGAGCUGCGCCGCGUUUGCCUGCUGUGGGACGAGUAUUGGAUCCACUCGCUGGCGCACAUCUACAAUACGUACGUGAGUCGUGUGAGUGCGCUGACAACCGAAUUCCGUCCGGACGAUCACGAGGGCAAGAAUAACCGCUUCAAUGUCUGGCGACCGCAAUUGCUCGCCGAUCUGGAGGCCCUAGCCGCGCUCACCGCUCGUCCGCCGGAGACCACCUAUGAGCGAAGUUUCCGCAAGCGUUUCGAUGCCCCCAUACGUGCCACUGUGGAUGCACUGCGCACUCGUCGCUAUCCGGAGGCAUGGGAUAAGCUGAAGCAGCUGUACCACAUCCUACAAUCGAAUAUGAUCCGAGGCACGGGCAGCACUCUCAAAAUGCAGAGUCUGAGCCCGGUGCUCUGUGGCAUUGGACGCAUGCGCAUCUCCAUGCCAGGCCUGGAUGCCCACGGGCCGGAUGAGGAACAGGUGUACAUCGAGAGUGUCGAGGGUUCGGUGUGCGUGUUGCCCACCAAGACGAAGCCCAAAAAGGUCGCCUUCUACGGCAGCAAUGGCCAGCGCUACACGUUCCUGUUCAAGGGCAUGGAGGAUCUCCAUCUGGAUGAGCGCAUCAUGCAGUUCCUGUCCAUCUCGAAUGCCAUCAUGGCCUGCCGCAGUGAUGCGCCCGGCAAUGGCUGCUAUCGUGCCCACCACUAUUCGGUUAUUCCACUGGGUCCGCAAUCCGGGCUGAUUAGCUGGGUGGACGGGGUGACGCCACUCUUUGCGCUCUACAAGAAGUGGCAGCAGAGACAGCCCCAGGUCACUGGGAAAUUGGGCGCCGGUGCUGGGGCAAAUGCCACGCGUCGCUUUACGGACUUGUUCUACAGCAAACUCUCGCCACUGCUGGCCAAGCACAAUCUGCAGGUGAGCGAUCCACGACGCCAGUGGCCAAUCUCCGCCCUUCGCCAGGUGCUCGCCGAAUUGUCGCAGGAAACACCCGGAGAUCUGCUCGCCCGGGAACUGUGGUGCCAGGCGGGAAACGCCGCCGAGUGGCGGCAAUCGGUGCGUUGCUAUGCCCGCUGCAUGUCGGUCAUGUCGAUGAUUGGCUACGUCAUUGGCCUGGGCGAUCGUCAUCUGGACAACGUGCUCAUCAACCUGGGAAGCGGCGAUAUCGUGCACAUCGACUACAAUGUGUGCUUCGAGAAGGGCCGCACCCUGCGCAUACCCGAGAAGGUGCCAUUCCGCCUCACCCGGAAUCUGGUGCACGCCCUGGGCAUCACGGGAAUUGAGGGCUCCUUCCGCUUGGGCUGUGAAUAUGUACUGAAGGUGAUGCGCAAGGAGCGCGAGACUCUGCUGACCCUGCUGGAGGCCUUCGUGUACGAUCCCCUGGUGGAUUGGACCAUCAACGACGAUGCCCAAGCUAUGCGCCGUUCCCUGAACGCCAAGCACCAGCAGGCAGCUGAAUGCGGAGCAGGAGAUCUCAGGUGCCACAAGAAGGACAGGAGUAAGGGAAAGCCACACGAUUGGGAUGCCAAGCGACAGCACUUCCUAAGCAAACUGGGCAUGCUGCUAAAGUACUGGUCCAGCAACAAGACGGAGAUGGUGCCGCAGCUGGAGGAGAUGGAACAGGAGGUGGGCAACCUGCAGGCGGCGCAGGUCAAGCAACUGAUGGCCGAGCAGGAGCUUGUGGAGCUGAACCAGCGCAGCGCCCUAAUCGCCGAAAUCAAAUCGCUGGGCACGGCGAUCGAGAGUCACAGUUUUAAUACGGCAUCGCUGCGUCAUGCCGUUCGCCGUGGUCACUCGGAGGCGUUGGCAACGCUCAGUAAGGAACGACUGCCGGACUUCGGCCAAGUGCAGUGCCUUCUCAGAACCUAUGGGCAGUGCCUGCAGCCUUAUCAUCUGGCCGAACUGCACGCCCAGCUCGUCCAGCUGCAAAUGGAGUCGGACGCGGAGAUUGCCAGGGAAUUCUCUGCGCUGGCUGAGGCUUUACAGCUAGCCGGACUGGACAGCAUGCGCAGCCAGUUGGAUGAGCUACUGAGUCGCCUGGAUGAGGUGGCCCUGAAGAGUUCCAAGCAUCUGCAGCAGUAUGCGGCAGUCAUGAACUUCUUCCCGGAACAAAGCCACCGACAAAACCUGUUCGUUCGCUUCCACGACAGCUUUGGAUCGUACAUCCAGCACGGUUACACUGUGGACUCCACCAGCAAUACCAAUUCGCCGUCUAGUUCUAUUAUUUGCACGGCGGAUGUCGUGGGCGUCGCGGAUGCCUUGGAGUUCGCUUGGGAGCGACUAGGCUGCCAAUUGAAUGAGGUCUCGCAGCGUUAUGCCGCCAAGCAGUCGCAGGCUCUAUCCCUCGGUGCACCCACUCCUGCUCUGCUGGCCAUGAUUGGCCAGAGCGGCUGCAGCCUGCUGCUGCUCAAGGCCAGCUUAGUUCGCACCUUGGAUCGCGCUGGAGGAGCAUUCGCCGCCUACGAACAGGUGGCCCUGGCCAACCAGGACGAGGGUCUGCUGCAACAUCAGCUGCACUUUGUCCACCUGGUGCGCUCCAUGUCCCAAGGAGUUCUGGCGAUGGCCAAGCAGGAGGAUCUGCUUCUGGGACAAUUGGAGAGCCUACUUUCAGCGCUGUCGCAUCUAAAGCAGAUCUUUGAGUACGACUUGCCAGCCAUCAUAUAUCGGUUGCUCCUGCUGCAGCCCAAUCUGGGCCAGCUGAGUGCCUUGUGCCACUUGAGUGCCUCCAGUCUGGCUCAGCUGUAUCUGGAAGCCACGCUGGAGAACAACCAGCUGCCGGAUCAGUUCCCAGCAGAGCGCAGAUUUCUACUAACCCUGCAGCCCGCCUACGAGCAAUUCCAGCUGGCCGCCACCGCCUUGGACUCGCUGGUCAGCAGCGUGCAGAUGAUGCUCGAGGAUGUCCACGAUGUGCAGACCCAACAGUUAAUGGAACUGGCUCUACUUAGGUCAUGUCAUACGCAGCUGAAUGACGAAUGCUUCUUCGGACUGGUCAGCGAGGCAUUGGAAGCCAGUCGCACUUGUGAUGUCCGUGAAAUGGCCCGACCUGUUGUGGGCCUCAUCCAACGCCUCCAAGUGGAAAGUCUUUCCGGCUUGCUGCCGAUCCUCACGCGCAACUUCUACACCUCCGUUGGUCCGCAAUGUCUGCCCACUGCGAACUGUGGGGAUCCAGCUCAAGCGGAUCACCUGUGCGAGGGUCUCUUCGUUUCGCUGCAAUCGGACGGCGCUUUGCAGCAGCAGCAAGCGGAAAUUGCACUACUCAAUCAGCAAUUGGAGCUGCACACACUGGCGGCAUCCGCUCAAUACUGGGCCUAUUCGGAAGCACUAGGCAGCCAGCUGCGCUGUGGCCACCACAUCGUCAGUCGGUCGAAACUGGCCGCCUUCAUUGGCGAGAGUUGGCUGGAGUUGGACCAGAAUCUUGCUGCCCUGCAGCAACUGCAAGCUGGCCUCGAGUCGCAACUCAGCCAGUUGCAGACGCAGCGCAGUAAUUGGAAUCGUAAUCACAUAGACAAUUUGUUGCGCAGGGAGCAGUGUAACAAGCAGAGGAUAAUGGCUCAUGUGGAUCUGGUGCAACAGCUGGCGGAUGGAGCCGGUGCUGUGGCCCGUCUGGAGCAGCAUGCCGGCGCUCUUGGGGAGGAGGGCCAGGCACUGGUUGACCACUUGGAGCAAUGGCUGGCUGCGCAUGGACAAUGGCAGGCGAGCAGCUCAAGGAUCAGCGCCGUGGAGCAGUCGGUGGUGGAACUCUUGGACCCCGAAGGUGCCAUCGACUCCUAUUGGCUGGAGAAUGUACAGGGAUUGUUGGAGGAGCAGACCUGCAAGGUGCACCGCGAGAUUGCGGCGCUAGAGGGCGAGCAGCAGAGCAAGCAUGGUUUCAUUUGCACCUUGCUCAAGGAGACUCUGCGGCUGCAGGACAAUAUGCCACGCUUCCAUGUGCGGAGCCUGUGCUCCGAGGCCCAGGCACAGGGUCAAGGGAAACUGGUGCCCACGGAUGUGCAGCUACUUUGCGGAAACCUGCGCGACUGUCAGCGCCUGCUGCAGUCCCUCUUCCUGCGGUUGCAGGAGCUGCGAAAGGAUCUUUGCGCCGAACGUCGCGUUCUGCAGCCUACUGUGCUGCAUAGCUGGCGUCACCAGCUGCAGAUGAUCCUGUCGUUGGCCAACCAGGAGGUGAACGAGUUCUUCAAAAGCAUGGACGAAUUCUUGCAGCACUCCACCGAAACGGACUCGUACGAAACCUUCACGCAUGCGAAAGGUUCUAGUAAUGUGCAUGAGCAGAAGCGAAAUGCGUACGGCGUGUCCGUGUGGAAGAAGAUAAGGAUGAAGCUGGAGGGCCGGGAUCCAGAUAGCAAUCAGCGCAGCACCGUCGCCGAGCAGGUGGACUAUACCAUUCGCGAAGCCACCAAUCCGGACAACCUAGCCGUGCUCUACGAGGGCUGGACGCCGUGGGUAUAAUUUUUCACACUGUUCGGCCGCAAUUUUGGGCUAUUGACAUCACCAAGCAUCACAACUCGGAGCGGGGGGGGCGGGCCACCUCUGGAUCGGAAUUCAGAACCUCCUCCGGACUGUAAGCAGUUGCAGCCUGACGGCAUCUGACUACCCAUAGGCCGUGGCGGAACCAAUUUGGCCGCCCCCCUCCAACCAUGUGUAGUUGCAUAAACGAUAGGAAACGAAUCGACAGACAGACGCGGAGUGCUGUGGUCCGGAAGCUUGCGGAUCGUGGCGCAUGCCCCGUGCUCUCUCGGAUCGCAAACCGCAUUCCGAGUGGACAUAACGAGUAGCUGGCCAGCAGCAGCAGCAGCUGCAACAGCUCACACGGUUCCCGACGUAAAAGAUUUGGGCUCAAUGACGUUAUCGGAAACGAUAUAUUCCAGGUUUCAGAUUCGUAAAUUACGUUAUCCGGUUCUCCGUUUUAUUUUUAUUUUUUAACACUGCUGUGCGACUUUUCCUAUACGAUUCGAUUAUAUACUAUAUAUUAAUUUACGCCAUA